AUGUCUAUUCAACAAGAUGAUGCUUCAAUGACGACUAGAACCAUACAAAUCGUUCGAAAUAAUUGUAGAAAACUGAAAACAUUGGUACUAAAACUGAAACCUAGCGAUCAUCGUCAACAUUCGUCUUCAAUGAAUUCAGAUCAACUUGAUAGUUUUGUUGAUGAAAUGAUUGCUGAUCUUCAAAAUAGUCUUCUAUCUCAAACAAAUGAUUUACGUGAACGAAUUAAACAAGCUCGACCAGAUCCUAAUGAUCCUCUCUAUGAAAAGAAAAUGAUCAUCUACAAAGAAUUACUAACAUUAAUGGUUCCUAUCAUGCAGAAACUACAGAGUAUAAUAGCUCAAAUAUUAGAUGAAUUACAUGGUUUGAUAGGACAAUUAUGGGAUGAUAUUUCAAAAAAUAAUGGACAACAAGUUGAACGUUUACUUGGAGAACAUCAGCGUCGAAUCGAAGAACAUAUGAAUGGAGAAUUUCUAAAGGAUAUUAAUGAACUUGAAAAGAAAUUAGAAACACUUCGUAGCAUGACUAAGGAUAAUACAGAAUUCUAA